AUGAGUGGGACCCUAUCAUCAUUGGGUGCUUACGACCAGUGUUUGGAGACCAUUGUGGCCGACGACGGACAGGAGGUAUUCCGGGGUCAGUACUGUCUACUGAAACUGCGGCCACCAAUGCCUCCAUUGAAGGGUCGGAUCAAUUACCGGCGACCCGUCAUCAGUCUUAAUGGCAGCAAAUACGCCGACACGUGGUUAGACCGGCGGAUAGCCGGCCAAUACGCCACCGGAUUUUACUCCACGUAUGUCUACAAUGGCUUAUGUCUGCCAUCGAGUUGUACUCAGACAGAGCUGAACGCCAUCACCAAGAGAUUUAUAUUCUCGACUAUACUGGAAAUGUUUGCCACCGAUUGUAUUCAAUACGAGCCCUUCGGCAUCGGGCGACUCGUUCUCUGUUUUUCCCUCAUUUCAAACAUCAAGAAAUUAUUUCUUAUAAAUCGCGAGAAAAUGGACGAAAAGUUGGCUUUUGUUCACGGGGUACGGGUGUUGACAAUGAUCUGGAUCAUUUGCAUACAUACGUUUACUGUGGGCACACUAUUCGUGCCGAUGCUUGUCUAUCGUUUUGAAGACGAGGCGCGAAAGUUUGGCAAACAAUUGUCCACUCAAUUCAUAUUCAAUGGCUAUAUAUCUGUCGGCAAUUUCUUCUUCCUGUCGGGUCUUGUGGUCACAUAUAUAUCGGUUCCGGUAUUCAAAAGGACGGGCGGACCGACACUAUUCGCGUUUAUCGCUCAGCGAUGGCUACGGUUCAUACCAUCGAUGAUAGGCGUCAUAUGUUUGCACAUAAUGUGGCCACUGAUGGGCUCCGGACCCGUGUUCAAGGGCUACGCCCGUGAGCUAACUGAGCCGUGCAGUCGGAACUGGUGGACAAAUGUGUUAUUUAUUAAUAAUUGGCUUUUACUGCCGGAUAUGUUAACACUUAAAUAUGUGUCGAAAUGUCAUGAAAUGCAAUGUUUAACACUGUUUUGGGUCGCAUAUGCUGACGACCGGACCGGACUGGACGGGACAGGACUCAUACUAUGCGGUAUUGCCAUACCAUCGGCGGUCAAUCUGAAGACAAACGGACCGCCAAUGCCUAUGCCUUUCGAGGAACCGGAUUUGGAUCAGUUCUACCGCGACCUCAACACUCAAUACCACCCGACGUAUAAUCAUUUGUCCACAUAUUUUAUCGGCGUUUUGGUCGGCUAUCUGUUGACCAGAAGCAAUGAUUUGCGGCUCAGUUGGCCGUCAAACACGAUAUUGUGGUCAGUGUUGCCGGUGUGCACCCUAUCGGCCACUUUCGCCACAUACCUGUGGACAGGGCUCGAGUGGGAGUACAGUAAGGCGACGGCAGCGGCCUAUUCUGGCCUACAUCGAUUUGUGUAUAUACUAGCGUACGCUUGGCUCGCCAUUUACUGCUCAGCUAAUAGCAAGAGUCUAAUAUCGCGAUUCUUGGGCUCAAACUUUUUCAUACCGUUGAGUCGACUGUCAUUUUCCGUAUACUUAACCCAUAUUCUGGUUGUUUGGUAUUUCGUAUUGGAAACCAGAGAGUUAAUUAGAUUCACCUACACUGAUUUUAUUUACUCAACCGGUGGCGUAAUCUUGUAUUCAAUGUGUUUAUCACUAAUACUAUACCUCCUGUUUGAGAGCUGUUGGAGUAAUGUAUUGAGUCUCGCAUUGAAGAAGAAACGGAUGGAUAAGACGGACGACAAGCGAAAGGAUGUGACGGAAGAGACGAAGACUAACGGAGGAGGAAAACAAUCGCAAAUAUUUAGCCAUAAACUAAACGGAAAGUCCAUUGAAACCGAGUAUAAUAUAAGCAGACAUAUGGACACCAAUAAUAAUAGUAAUCAUAAUAAGAAGAAAAGUCAUUGGAAAGCAGAUUCUGGUGCCGGAAACGCGUUGCCUGAAUAUAGGGUCCGAUCGAUGGCCGGCGCCGGUAGUGUCUACAUAGAUGUGGGACAUGUAGGACACGACUCCCAACCCAUCAACGCUCACAUUAAUCAAUCGUUUAAUGCCUAUCAAACCGCUGGCAAUACCAAACUUUAA